GAGGGGGGGGGAGGGAGAGGGAAAGGGAAAAUUAUUACACGAGGACGAGCGAGAACCAGAUGCCUCGCUUUUUGAUUUUCCUAUUUAUAUGCCCUUCGCUGGUUUUUACUAUUCUGAGUCGCGCCUCGCCUCGCCUGGAUCUCUCCUCUCUCUUUUUCAUCCCUUCCCCCAUUCCUCCUUCUGCACAUCAAUUCCAUGGCUGACCAGCUCACCGACGAUCAGAUCUCCGAGUUCAAGGAGGCCUUCAGCUUGUUCGACAAGGACGGCGAUGGCUGCAUCACCACCAAGGAACUGGGGACUGUAAUGCGGUCACUGGGCCAAAAUCCAACUGAAGCUGAGCUCCAGGACAUGAUCAAUGAAGUUGAUGCCGAUGGAAAUGGAACUAUCGACUUUCCGGAGUUUCUUAAUCUGAUGGCAAGAAAAAUGAAGGACACUGAUUCAGAGGAGGAGCUGAAGGAAGCUUUCCGCGUGUUUGAUAAGGAUCAGAAUGGGUUCAUUUCUGCAGCUGAGCUCCGGCAUGUAAUGACAAAUCUUGGUGAGAAGCUGACCGAUGAGGAAGUCGAUGAAAUGAUCCGCGAGGCAGAUGUGGAUGGCGAUGGGCAAAUCAACUAUGAGGAAUUUGUCAAAGUCAUGAUGGCCAAGUGAGAACUAAUCAACUGAAAUCUUAACCUUAAUCUGCUUAAAAAUGAAGAGGGAUAUGGGCAGAUAAGUUGAUACGAUUUGUUUUCCCAUUUAGGAUGUCUCCAUUUUGAUUUACAUUUACUAUCUAUGUUUGUCUCUCUCGUUUUCAUUAUUUGCGGUACUGUUUUUCAGUAUCCUGUUUCUGUUUCUUUGCUGCAAUGCUUUCCUUCGUGUUGGUAGUCUCUUUAAUCUUAAUAUUUCUUUCUCUCUAUGAUACUAUGAACCUAGAACAAUUGAUUGAUUGAUUGAAUCAGAAGAUUUUGCUUGUGGGAAGUUAAUUUUUCA